AUGAACACACCUGACACAGUGGCUCACCAGUCUGCCCUCAACGUUGCAAAAUGGAAGGACCUGAAAGAAUUGGAGUUGGAUGCGGUACAGUCAGUAUGGGGUGAAUUAUCGGUUGAGGCCCUGCAUUGGCUUUUUUCCAUGUCAUCGAACCCCACUGUGCAGAGUAUCAUCUUUCAAGCUAUUGGCGGUGUGCAUCCAGCAUCACAGCGGAAGGCUGAAGACCUGUUUGGUGAUGCCGGCUUGUUACUCCAGAAUUCGCUUUCUCAGUGUCUUUCUAUCACCUCCCAUCCCUAUGGGGCACCACUGUCUGGAUUAGAGACCAAGCUUGAGCGGUUACUACGUUGCAAGCUAGUUCUCUCUGAUGAAUGCUAUAUUUUCAUCAACCUUCCACAGACACAAGGCAUUGAGCUUCCAUCCAAUGUCACAGCCUUGAUAGAAAGAUAUACAUAUAAUCAUGAUAUAAACCUGCUCAUGGAAGACAUUGCCCUCAAUGGAGCUCUGGCAUUCCGUCAUUUGUCUGGGGCAGAAUAUUUGCGUUUCCAUCCCUUAGUCUGGAUUGACCUCAUCAGGAAUGCCGCUUCAGCAGGAGUCUUUUCUCCCAUUGAUAUCAGCGCUGAAGACCCUUUCGCCAUGAACAUAUGCUGCGCGGUUCUACCCGCAUUUUCAUUUUUUUACUCAAACAACUCCGGUGACUCCGAAAAAGACAAAGCUCAGUCAACAGCCGUAGCACUUUAUGUCGCUAUUUGCGAUCAUUUCUUUACUGACAUGACAACCUAUCUCCUGGAAAUGUUCGCCGCGUUUGUGCGCCCUUCAAAUGUUGACUCUGUCCCACCAUGUCUGAGGAUCCUCCUCGUGUUUGCCGAAUUUCUUAUCUCAAGGCUUCCUUUAAACAAAGAAGCCAAUCCAGACGCAGAGGAACUCCAUGUCCUCGACAGAGUCAUCAAUGGCAUUAUGAAUCAUGACCAUUCUUCUUCUCAGGCAAAUGCCGCUGUCUUUGAUGUCCUUGAACGCUUCGUCACUGAGGAUAACCUGAGAAUGAUACCAAUGGUGGCAGACAGUUCUCUGUGUCUCAGAGUCCUACAGGUUUACUCCAGGCUGCUCCAUAAGCGAUGGCAUACUGUGUCCCCUAGAUCCCUGGAGGCAGUUGUCGAUCUCAUGUUCAACAGUCCCUAUAGUUCUACUAGUGCAGGCGACAUCAUAGCCAAGGGUCUUCACGAAGGCAGCCUAACAAUGUACAAUGUCUUUCGUGCAAAGCAAUGUUUAGAAUAUUUCGGGCAUCAUGGAUAUCGCUCAUGGUUGGUGAAUAUCAUUGGAAGCUAUCUCUCCACAAUAGGACAUCACUCAAAAUCCCGUCUUAAAGCUUCGGUAGAACAGGAACAUAUUGACUAUCUCCAUACACCUGACAACCUUUUCGCUGCCUGCUCCAUCCUGGCCGUCGGUUGCAAUGACCGAUUUAACCGUAAUUUCAACCGCAGAAAGCAAAUCAGGGAAAAUAUCUUGUCACUCGUCCGGAUUCAACAGGAUAAUCCUGUAUGGGAUGAAUGCCGGUGCAGGCUUCAACAAUUGCUCGAAAACGAUGGAAUGGACUUCUUCUAUCGCCAGGCUCGCAUUCGUGGAAUUGAACGUGUUGCCUUGUCAGGAGAAAAAAUUGCGGAACAGAGGGAAUAUAUUCGUUUCACCAUUGAGACCUUGGAUGCAUUUUUCUCGGGCGAGUUGGAUGAAGAGCCGAUUUCUGACCCUCCCGCACUUUCUGUCGAUGUUUUACCCAACCCUCGGCCUCAUUGGUCCAGUCGCAUGCAUCGAUUGUUACCUUGGCACAAUCACGAGGCAAGUGACGGAGGUGCCGUAGGGAACGUUUGA